CUUGUCGUCUUCGACGGACCAUCAAAUGGAUUCAGAUGCCACGUGCUUCCUCUUGCAUGGGAUAAGGAGCUUGUUCGGUAUGCCCUACUGGCUAUAUCAGCAAAUCAGCUGCGAUUCAAGCGCCGCAAGUUUCUGCCACUGGCUUUGACCUUUCAAUCUAAGGCUAUCGAGAAGCUCUCUGCAAUGUCUAAGACGGGUAAUCCUAACAGUGACACGAGAGUAACGGUUUUGGCUACCAUCAUUCUCCUGCUCAUCACUGAUAUGAUGAAUGGCGGACCCCAAUUUCGUCUUUUAUUCGGCAUGGUAACGUCAUGGAUAGAUGCGACAAACUGUGAGUCUGUUCCUCUUACGCAACGAACGCCUCACUCAGACAUGGAACGAAACACCAUACGUGAGCAGCGUGGCUGUACUUCUCUCACUGUUCCUACCGGCACGCUUAGAGAUAACUUGACUCGAAUUUUCAAGUCAAUAAGUGAGGCCAUCAAGCACGCCUGUUACAUCUACUACUAUCACAUCAUGAACGAUACUCUACCUCCUGAUAGUGAGGACGUCCUCAAUAAAUUAAAGGACACGACUCGACAUAUACCCCCAUAUGCCCCUGGCGAAAAUAGUUUAGCCUGGGUGUAUUUUAUUGCUGCUGCUGAGAGCUCUUUGCCUGUCGAGCGUAUAUAUUUUACAAAACGACUCAUGGGUAUCUUGGAGAGAGGCAGUUUUAGUGACCCAACACCAGCUUUUGUCAUGCUGCACAAUAUUUGGAACUGCCAUGACGUUGGUAGAAGCUGGACCAAGUGUCUU